GUGGAGCAACUUCACACGCUCUUCUUUUACGUCUAUACGCCUAAGGCCUAACCUUUCAUUGCCGUUUUGAAUCACAUUUAAAUCGCACCCCAAUUUCUCCCAAAAAAAAACCAAACUCCAUAGCUAUUGUAAAAACCAGAGCUUUCAAAAUUUCUAUCAAAGAAUUUCGUAGAAACGAGGGAAGAAAGCAGAGGAAAGCUGAAACAUAUUGACUCAAAAUCGGUCUUUUGUCUAACAACCGUGUUACACACCUUGUGUUAUAACUAUAUAUAUAUUAUUAAAAUUUUCCAAUAUUUUAUUGCUCUAUUCUUAGAUAUUUUUGCUUUUUUAAUUCUUAGGUUGUUUCCUUUUGCUUCGCAUAUUUAUUCUUUCUUUUUUUUUUACAUUCUCUCUCCUCUCUCUUUCUCUCUCUCUCUCUUUGAGCCGAGAAACAUUUUUUGGGUUUUCUCAGAGGCCCAGAAGUGAUAAACCAUCUGUGUUUUUCUAACUGGGUCUCUAAUGGCAAGCUUGCUCUUGUCAGAAUGUGGUCUUAGGCCUCUCCCACAAAAUUUCGCAAUACCCAGAACAGGUAUUGCCUCAAAAAACAAUUCCGAACUCCGAUUUUUGCAAUCCAAUAAAAAUUUCACAGAUCUCAGAUUCUCUCGGACCAAAAUUUCAUCAUCAUCAUCUGGGAAAAGCUGGGAGCUGAAAGUGAGUGCACCAUUGAGGGUUGCUUCAGUAGAAGGAGAAGAAGAAAACAGAGCAGCGAAGAGAAUCAAUGGCGUUAAUGGUGUUGGAGAUGAAGAAGGAGAAGAAGGAAGAUUCGAUCCGGGUGCGCCGCCACCGUUCAAGCUGGCCGAUAUUCGAGCUGCUAUUCCGAAACAUUGUUGGGUAAAAGACCCAUGGAGGUCUAUGAGCUAUGUUGUGAGGGAUGUGGCUGUGGUUUUCGGCUUGGCUGCUGCCGCGGCUCAUCUCAACAACUGGGUCGUUUGGCCUCUCUACUGGGCUGCUCAGGGUACCAUGUUUUGGGCUCUCUUUGUUCUUGGUCAUGAUUGUGGCCAUGGAAGUUUUUCGAACAAUCACAAGCUAAACAGUGUGGUUGGGCAUCUUCUGCAUUCUUCAAUUCUUGUUCCUUAUCAUGGAUGGAGAAUUAGCCAUAGAACUCAUCAUCAAAACCAUGGUCAUGUGGAGAAUGAUGAAUCAUGGCAUCCGUUGUCCGAGAAAAUUUUCAGGAACUUGGAUAACGUCACUAAAGCUUUGAGAUUUACUGUACCAUUUCCAAUGCUUGCAUACCCUUUUUACCUUUGGAACAGAAGUCCUGGAAAAACUGGUUCUCAUUUUGACCCAAACAGUGACCUGUUUGUCGCCAGUGAGAGAAAAGAUGUGAUCACCUCCACUCUAUGUUGGACAGCAAUGGCUUCAAUACUUGUGGGGUUGGCCUUUGCUAUGGGCCCUAUUCAAUUGCUUAAGCUCUAUGUUGUUCCUUAUUGGGUUUUCGUUAUGUGGCUGGAUUUCGUCACUUACUUGCAUCACCAUGGACAUGAUGAUAAAUUACCAUGGUAUCGUGGAAAGGAAUGGAGUUACCUAAGAGGAGGGCUUACAACACUUGAUAGAGACUAUGGAUGGAUAAAUAACAUCCACCACGACAUUGGAACGCAUGUGAUCCAUCAUCUUUUUCCUCAAAUCCCUCAUUACCACUUAAUUGAAGCAACUGAGGCAGCUAAGCCAGUGCUUGGGAAAUACUACCGAGAGCCAAAGAAAUCAGGACCUAUACCGUUUCACCUGUUUGGCGAUUUGUUAAGAAGCUUGAAACAAGAUCACUAUGUUAGUGAUACUGGGGACGUUGUGUACUACCAAACGGAUUCUGAACUUAGUGGAUCUUCAAAAUCGAAGUAAAGCUUUAACUCUUUGACUCAUUGGAGCAUAAGGAAAGCUAUGAAGAUCGCUGGCUUGGACUGUCUUUGACCCCAGUUAAAGGAUCUAUCUGAGCUUGACUUCCAUGGGGUCAAAGACACCAUUUGAUGUCCAAAUUUUCUAUGCCGAUGAGGCCAAACUGAUGCCUUGCAAGCAUGAUAGCUAGUGGGGGAAUAUAUGUUAAAGUUGCGUGUAUUCUCAGUUUUUUAGUGCUAUUCAUAUAGUGAGGGAAAUUAUGUAUAUUUAUAAUCCAUUCUUCUUGAGGGCAUCUCUCAGCGAAUAAUCUUGUAGUGCAUGAAACGAAUUUCGAAAUGAAAAGAAGGAAAAUUUUGGGGUGAAAA